AGAUUGGGAUUAGUGUACAUUCUAUUUUACAUAGAAUAGCUUGAAUGAACAUAAUAUAUAGAUGAGUCGCAUCUCAAAACUCGUGGGAAAAGGUUCAGAUUAGAUUAGAUAUAAAGGUUGCCAUUUGUCACUGGGGAGGAGUGAUUGGAAUUGAUACUCCCUCAUGGCCCACAGAUGCUGGCAUUCACUAAGGGGCAUGGGGUUUGAGGUAUGAGACCGUAUACUUCAAACGGCACACCCCUUGAUGAGAGUCGACUGUAGUAUACGUGCAUAAAGAUGCGAGCAUCGGGUUGCACUGCAACAACGAAGGAAGUACUUCGCACCCGAUGCAAGCGCUGGGAAGAAGCAAAACAGUUUCAUGGUGCAAACGUACAGGCUAUUUCUGGCAAAGAGUCGCCCAAACAUCCUGGAAGCUCCUGGCUAUGUAAUGCAAUGAUGUCGUAAGACACCGUAAGUGGAUAUAUGCGCCAAAUUUUCAAGAAUACAUUGAACGGACCGGGAUAUGCCAUGGCGGCUGUCAAUCAAUGUAUUGCUGAAUACCAGUAGGCAAAAGUCGGGCAAUCCCUAUUGGCGGCUCAGGAUAACCGGACAGAGCCGCACGAGGAGAUAUACUAGUAGUACCAUCCUGUAUGGAGGCAGAAUUGUGAAUAGCUAUACCUGGAUGUCUGAUGUGUAUCCACUGGCAGUGCUCAUGCAGAAAAGCAGCGGUGAGUGCGCUGAGGUAUCCGAAGAAGCGAACGUCUGACGAGUUGAAAGGGAUGAACGUUCAUAUUGGGGUGAUCGAGCCAUCGAAGGAGUUCCGCGGUCACAAGAUAAACCAACCAGGCGUGUGAAAUGGUAUAACUAGAUUCACCGUGACGCUAUCUCCGUUUUACGUGGGGACUUGUACUGGGACAACGGGAUACCUUGAAGAGCUCUUUCGGUCCGUAUGCAGUCUCCAAGGCAAGAUCGGAUUAUCGAUAAACUGAGUAAGGCAGAUGGGUACCCAGAAAGAUGGCAGAUGUGAAUGCAGUGCACGAGGAUGGAGUGGC